UAAUGUAGAAGUUAAAUGUACAUUUGCAAGUUACAAAAAUUAGUUCGGGAAUUAGACAGGCAAUUGGAAAACACGGUGUUUACAGAUUCUUCACACUCAGCAGUCGAUAGAGAUGAAUGUGAGUGGUGUGGGAAGCAUAUUAAUGACACCAAAGCAUUAACGUCAUCAAAGGCCACAUUUUGCUCAGAGUUAUGCUUCUCACAAUCAAGACGUGCAAGUUUUAAGAGGAACAGGAUGUGUGAUUGGUGCAAGCAUUUGCGACAUACAGUCUCCUAUGUCGACUUUCAGGAUGGUGCUUCUCAACUUCAGUUUUGUUCCGAUAAAUGUUUAAAUCAAUAUAAAAUGCACAUUUUUUGUCGAGAAACAAGAGCUCAUUUAGAAUUACAUCCACAUGUUGCUGAUAGUUCAGAAAUGGGGAGCGGUCUUAUCACACCGGAAAUGUGGUUAAAAAAUUGCAAAUCUCCCGACUGUAUCAGUUCUACUCCAAAUUCACCAAAGGGCUCAGAAAACAUAGAGCAAACCUCUCCACUACCCCUUAUCAACACAACACAUUCUAUUAAAGAGGAGAGAUCAUCUAAGAGAAUGAAAUCCAAAUGUCACAGAAAGCGCACAAGAUCUUCAUCUCAUGCAACCCAUAUGUCAUCUAGAAAUUCGCCAGUACCGGAAGCGCCUCAAGACCUUCGAGUGCGCCAAACAUCAACAAUGAAUAACUUUGAGCCAAUUCACUUUAAAGAAGAAUAUCGAUCGAACAACUUUCGUCACAAGUUUCCACAUGAUUUACAGAAUCAUUUUAUGUAUGGUUACCCAGGUUUCCCAGAAAAUCGAGGGCAUAUUUUACAACCUAGUUUACUACCUGGUCCUUCUCCACCAUUCAUCAAACCAUCACCUUUAGAAAAUUUAAUGCCUCCUGUUACAGUCCUAGUCCCCUAUCCCAUUAUAAUUCCUCUACCAUUACCAAUACCAAUACCUAUACCCAUCAUCAACACAGACACAAAUAAAAUAGAUGACUCCAACUCAAUUAGCAAAGGAGCUACAGAUAAUCAAGAAAAUAUUGUAGAAAAAGUGGCCACACACCCAGAAAUAUCGAAUCAAGGAACUGAACAUGAAAGUGUUGCCGCAAAGACAGAGGUAAGCGAAGGAAAUAUAGAAAACAGAAAGGAAAAAAAUAUUGGUGUUUCUAACAAAAAAAGAAGGCUUCUUAUAGAUCAAAAACUCGAAGCUAGUUCAAAGAAAAAAAAAUAAGUUUUUAAUAAUGUAAACUGUAUCAAUGUGUUUAAACAUAUAGAAAAAAGAACAUAAAUAAAAAGUUACCU